CCCAUCACCGGAAGUGAGUGGGCCGGAAGCAGCGCUGCGGGUUUGAGUCCAAACACGGGACACAGAGCACCUUUUCCGCGCGGCUACAAUCCUACUCCGCCGAAACCAGCAUGUCUGAGGAAAGGUUUACAGCCGCGUCCAAAAGGAGCUCUGGAUGCACCAGUUUGGAUCAAGCGAUUGCUGCAAGACCUGGAAAGACCCCCAUCAGCCAGCUGCAGGAAUAUUGCACAAAGAAUGGCAAAACCCCCCAGUAUGAGCUUGUGAAAUCUGAGGGUCAAGCCCACCUGCCUAGCUUCACCUUCAGAGCAACAGUGGGAGAAGUGAGCUGCACAGGCCAGGGUCAAAGCAAGAAGGCUGCAAAACACAAAGCAGCAGCAGCUGUUCUUAAUGUUCUGAACGGAGGAACUCUGCAAGACUCUGUAUGUGAUGGCAUAAGCUAUGCUUUGCCAAAUUCUGAACCCAUUACCUCCUCAAAGCAGCCACACAAUCCUCCCAACCCUAUUGGUACACUUCAGGAAUUGGUUGUGCGGAAAGGAUGGAGACUCCCAGAUUACAGCGUUGCCGAAGAAUCGGGUCCUGCUCACAAGAAAGAAUUUACAAUAAUUUGCACAGUAGAAAAAUUUGUUGAAACAGGUUGUGGUACUUCAAAAAAAUUUGCAAAACGCAAUGCUGCAGAAAAGAUGGUUGCCAAACUACAGAAUAUUCCUGCAGGCUGGAAACAGGGAGAUAAGUUCAAUAGUGAUGAAAUUUCAUUGAUACCUGAAGAUAAAUGGGAUGGUUCAAGGGGAAAGACAUUGGUAAGCAGCUGGGACCUGCUAAGAAAUUCAUCUGGAGAAAAAAUUAACCAACUUAAGAGGAGUCCACUCAGCAUUCCCAACACUGACUACACUCAGAUGUUGGCAGAAGUAAUGGAAGAGCAAGGAUUUGAUGUCUCCUACCUGGAUAUAGAUGAACUGACAGUGAAUGGGCAAUAUCAAUGUUUAGCUGAACUCUCAACUAGGCCAGUUACUGUAUGCCAUGGUACUGGAAUUUCUCGUGGUAAUGCUCACAAUGAUGCUGCCCACAAUGCACUGCAGUAUUUGAAGAUUGUGGCUGGAAGGAAUUAAGCAAAGAUUCAAGGUUCAUCCACAUGACAUUAUAAGAGAACUAAGCAAUUCUGAGACAAGCAAUGUUCUAAAUUACAUGAUUGAAACACAGCCUGAGAUUUUAAGCUGCAUUUUAAAGACUGGGAUAUACAUACGUAUGUACAUGCACACAACCAUCUGCCUGAGUGUUUCCUUAGUAUACUGAAAGUCUAAAAAGACCUGGACUGUUUUAAAGAAUUACACAGUACCUUAAAGAAGCAACAUAUCGAGAAACUGAUUUUUAAACCUUUCUUCACCAGCCCCAAAUGUGACAAAUGGAGGCCUUAUUAGAAUUUUCGUUAUGAAAAGUAAAAUAAUCAAACAGACAAGUCUUCCUAUAUGUAAUUUGCUCUAAUAGAAAUACAUGUUCAAAGACAAAUAACACUUGGAAACAUUGUGGGGAUUUAUUGACUCAAAAGCUAAAACAGACAGUUUUUUUUUAAGUUUAAUUUUUUUUCAAUGUAGAUAUACAUAAUGUUAGUUAAUGCCUCCACUACUACUAAAUUCUGCAGCUCCCUGUCCUGUGCGGUGUGGUUCAGGUUGGGAGCAGACAGAGGGAUAAAAUUAGACCUCUUUCUACCCUCAUGUCCUAAGUUGUCACUUCAUUGCAAUAUUUUUAAAAAUUACACAUAAUGAGGAAGCUUAGACAUUCAAAAAUACUUAUUCAGUUUGGUCAUCUAUCAAAAUAAUUACAAUAUCAAAUGAUGUGUAGGAAAAUAAUGAAUUUGGCAUAUAAUAAAACUGUUACAGGUGAAUAUUGAGGCCCACUAUAAGUUUUCAUGAUAACUGAUCUUCAGGUUAUUCCUGAGUUUUCAGGCAUUUAUGCUUCUGUAUCAGGCAAUGUUUUUUUAAAGUAGAAUCAUCAACUUUUUUUUUAGAGGAUAUGGAUAUAGAAAUACAUUUUUCAUAGCUUUAUAAGCUGAUACAUUAAGAAUAUACCAAGAUGUAUUUAUUUAUAUUUUCUUUGAGGCCUGAAUAGUUUUCCAUCAAUUUUUUUAAAAAAAACUUUUCUCAGUUAACAUUUUAACAUGUUGACAAUCGGAAAAUACUGUUGUAUAACUUAAUUAGAUAGCCUGGGAUGCUGUAUCACAACUACUGCAUAUAAUUCGAUUUUCUCCUGGCUAUUGAUUAAAAGGUUGUUCACAUAAUAACUGAAAACUAAACUAUUUUAAAGUUUAAACCAGUGUUGUCUCUGCACUCCAAACAGCGUUUGGAUGUACUAACUCCUGCUUUUAUGAUAAUAGUUCUUGUACAAGCAAAACAAUCUGUCCUAACAUCCCUGGAUAGCCAUCUAAUAAUUGACUUUAGAGGACUGUAUGCUUGUAAGCAUGCUUUGUUUUCAGUCUUUGUAUAUUAAGGAACAGCUGUUUACAGAAUUUUAUUGAUAAGUCUACAGAUGGAUUUAUAUAAUUAAUUAUGUAAAUGAUUAGUACUUUCAGUAAUAAUUUUAUAUUUGAUCGGUUCAAGAACGCCAGUUGGAAGCCUCAGGAAAUUUAUCUUCAUGGCAUAAACCUCAUGUUUCAGGCCUUCCAUUGUCUGAUAUCAGUGUGGCAUUUAUUUUUUCUGUAAUUUAUAUUUCAGUAGCUCUAUGAGAACUUUGGCUGUGUUAUCCAGUGAUGUAAUUUUAUAAGAAAACUGAAGAGCUGAAUAAAGGUAUUGUGUAAAAA